AUGACGAACCCAACCGGACCACGUUCAGAAAUUCAUGUUCCACGCGGUCGAACCACCACCGGAGUCUCGACUGAAUCAACCCCUGUGACUACCUCACUCCCGCUCGGUACGACCAUUGCUCAAACUACUACUCCCCUGACUUUUGGCUCGCUGCCCCCUCUGACUCGAGUAAUUGCAACCGUCACCGACGCCGGCACGCAUUACUCAACAGUCACGACAACCACUCGUGGAGGCACGGGUGAUGACUAUGUGCACGUGACUGAUUACGACUCCUCGGAGUCGGAGCAAGAGCGUGAUACCCCCCCUCGAAGGAGGAGAGAAACCGAUCAUACUCGGCACCGUCGACGCCGCCAUAGGCAAGAAGCUAAUGAGCCCCGGGGGCCAAUAACUUAUGAGGAAAGGAUCCGGGCCCAUGAAGAGGAAAUCGCACGGUUAAAGAGAGACCAGGCAAGGAUGCAACCCCCAGAAUCUAGGGAGGAAAUCCCUCGUCAAACCGUGAUGAAUCAAAUUCACUUGUUACCAGCAGGCGAUCCUGAUAACCCGGUUCCCCCUUUUACGCAAGAAAUCAUGGGUGCAAGGAUUUCCCGAAAAUUCAAGCUCCCCACCAUUAAAGCUUAUGAUGGGCAAUUUGUUGGAAGCAAAACACAUGCUAAGAGCUCUGCCUCCCUAAUGAAUUUGCAUCAAGGUAAGAACGAAUCGCUCCGAGAGUAUAUGAAUCGUUUUACCAAAGAAGCCUUGAAGGUCCCAGACCUUGAUCAGAAGCUGAAGGAUGAGAUUGAGUUCUUGAUCCGAAGAGGAAAGUUAUCCAAAUUUACCAAAGACGGAGACAAGAAUCAUCGAGACAAUGAUAAUCGUGGAAGAGACAACGAUGACAAGAGAACUCAGCCUCGAGGGCCUGUUAUUAAUGUGAUCUCCGGAGGACCGACAGCCGCUGGUACUUCCAGUAACUCGAGGAAGGCUUAUGCAAGGGAAGUAAUGAGUAUAGUUGGAGAACCCCCGAAGCGGGCAAAAAUUGAUUAUGCAAUGGCAUUCGAUAACGUCGACCUUGAGAAGGUAAAAUUCCCCCAUGAUGACCCCUUAGUGGUUACACCAGUGAUUGGAAACUCGUCCGUAAAAAGAGUGCUCAUUGAUAAUGGAGCCUCGGUGGAUAUUUUGUUCUAUGAUGCCUAUGAAAAGAUGGGAUACUCCGAUAAUCAACUAACACCCUCGGAUAUGCCUAUAUAUGGCUUCAACAAUGUGGAAACCAAGAUUGAGGGCAUGAUCCAACUCCCUGUAACUAUGGAAGAACCCGAAAAGGUCACUUAUGUUGGAGCAUUGCUCCAGGGAAGUUUGAAACAAGAGCUUGUGAGGUUCUUGAGGAACAACCGUGAUGUUUUCGCUUGGACAGCGGCUGAUAUGCCAGGUAUCGAUCCCUCAUUCAUGACUCAUAAGUUGAAUGUAAACCCCACGAGGAAACCUAUUAAGCAGAAGAAAAGGAACUUCGCCCCUGAAAGGCAAGAAGCCAUUAAACAGGAGGUCGAUAAGUUGUUGGAAGCAGGUUUUAUCGAAGAGAUACAAUUCCCAGAAUGGUUGGCGAACCCUGUUAUGGUCAAGAAGGCCAAUGGAAAGUGGAGGAUAGAGGCCUUUGAAGUCCUGAGGACGCAUAAGAUGAUGUUAAACCCAGCUAAGUGUGCCUUUGGGGUCGGUUCCGGAAAGUUCCUGGGUCUAAUGGUCUCAAAGCGUGGUAUUGAAGCCAACCCCGACAAGAUAAAAGCUAUCCUAGAUAUGGAACCCCCAAAGAAUGUAAGGGAUGUUCAAAAACUGACAGGAAGAAUUGCAGCCUUGGGAAGGUUUGUGUCCAAGUCAGGAGACAAGUGCUUGCCUUUCUUCAAAGCAUUAAAGAAGGUCAAGAACUUUGAAUGGACGGAUGAGAGCCAAGUGGCCUUCGAACAUCUAAAGAAAUAUAUGGCAGAGCCACCACUCUUAUCAAAACCCGUAGAGGGCGAAAUCCUGUAUGUAUACCUAGCUGUCUCGGAACAAGCGCUAAGCGCGGUCCUAGUUCGGGAGGAAUCCAAAGCCCAGAAACCAGUAUACUAUGUGAGCAAGGUUCUGCAUGGAGCGGAGCUCAAUUACUCAGUGAUCGAAAAAUUUGCUUUGGCCAUGAUUACGGCCUCGAGGAAAUUGAGACCAUGCUUUCAGUCUCAUAAGAUAGAAGUCUUGACAGACCAACCUCUCCGAAAUGUUAUACAUAGCCCUAAGGCUAGUGGAAGAUUGAUCAAGUGGGCAAUUGAGCUUGGAGAAUUCGAUAUCCGAUACAAGCCUCGAACGGCGAUUAAAGCUCAGGCCUUAGCUGACUUCCUAGUUGAAUGCACCAUUAGCAACCAGGAAGUCGGGGGGCAAGGAGACAAGGUGGAAGAACCUACUAAUGAAGAAAAACCUAAAGAAUUUUGGCUACUAUUUUUUGACGGGGCUUCAAAAACAAAAGGUAGUGGUGCAGGACUUGUGCUCCAAAGCCCUGAUGGCUUUACAGUGGAAUAUGCUAUUAAGCUAGACUUUCCGACCACCAACAACGAAGCAGAGUAUGAAGCAUUAAUAGCUGGACUUGGUCUAGCUAGAACCUUGAGGGUAAAGAAUUUGAAAGUCUGUGGUGACUCAAAGCUUGUAGUCUUCCAAGUGAAUGGUGAGUUUGAAGCCCGUGAGGAUACUAUGCUGAAAUACCUAAGGAUCGUAAAGACCCAGAUGGCACUAUUCGAAGAAUGCUCGGUAGAAUAUGUGCCCCGAGAGGAGAACACCAAGGCUGAUGCCUUAUCACAAUUUGCAUCCUCCGACGAUGAGUUGUACUUACAAAGCAGUCAUCUACCACCUAAUGCUGACGAAGCACGGAAGUUACAGGUGAGGGCCCUUAAGUAUGUACUCAUUGAGGGGGUCUUAUAUAGAAAAUCGUUUGUGAUCCCUUAUUUGAGAUGUUUGAGGCCGGAUGAGGCUCGAGAAGCCCUUAGAGAAGUUCAUGAAGGGGUAUGUGGCCAACACCUCGGUGGAAGAGCAUUAGCUCAUAAAGUAACCCGCCUUGGAUUCUAUUGGCCAGAUAUGCUAAAGCACGCUCAAGACUAUGUGAAAAGGUGUGAUCGUUGUCAAAGGUUUGCACCCGUUGUACGACAGCCACCUGAGAUGCUGACGUCUAUCAAUACUCCUAUCCCCUUUGCAAUGUGGGGGAUGGAUAUCCUUGGACCGUUUCCACUUGCUAGUGCGCAGAGAAAGUUUCUAUUGGUUGCGAUCGAUUAUUUCACUAAGUGGAUUGAAGCCAAGCCGUUGGCCAAGAUAACCACCAAGCAAGUUGCGCAAUUUGUGUGGGAAAACAUUAUCUGCAGGUACGGAAUACCUCGAGUCAUGGUUACAGACAAUGGGACUCAGUUUAAUAAUACUGAGUUUAGAAGUUAUUGUGAGGAUUACUCGAUUGAGUUGCGCUUCACUUCAGUUGCCCAUCCUCAAGCUAAUGGACAAGCUGAGGUGGCCAAUAGGAUAAUCCUUGAUGGACUGAAGAAAAGAGUUGAGAAAGCCCAGGGGUCAUGGGCCGAUGAGAUACUCCCUAUAUUAUGGGCGUAUCGAACAACUUGUAAGGUUCGAAAUCCUAAACUUAAUGCACGAUAUGCAGAAAAGCAGAAAAAGCAUAAGGUAAAAGUUAACUUAGAUAAAUAA